AGUUUAAGAUCCCAUCUUCUCAACAUCGCGUGUCGUUUGUCUUGUGUGUUGUUCUAUCGUUCCUUCUUCGCUGCACAGAGGUAUUCUACGCCUACGGCCGAGUUGCAAUGGCAGGGAUAGCGUUCGAUGACAUUCUUAUAGAAAUUGGAUCGUUUGGGAGAUUUCAAUUACGACAGUUCCUGCUGAUGAUUUUACCUCUCGUAUUCAACGCGUUCUCUAAUCUAUCAUACGUAUUUACCGCAGCGGAUCUCCAAUAUAGAUGCUUUAUUCCAACCUGCGAAAAUCGCAGUAAUGCCAUCUACCAAACGGAUUGGCUUCAAGCGGCGGUUCCCUACGAGAAUAAUCUCCCAGCAAAGUGUCUGCGAUAUGAGCCACUAACUAACACCACCACCGACCAUUGUCGAGCCAAUGAUUUCAACCAAUCUGUUAUCGCCCAGUGUUCCAGCUUCGUUUAUCAAGAGCCAACAGUAACAAUUGUCAAUGAGUUUAACUUAACAUGUGACGAAAACAUCUGGAAGAUAACCCUCGUCGGUACGAUUCACAGCGUCGCACAAGCCCUAGCGCUCUUGAUCGGUGGUAUGUUCUCCGAUCGAUAUGGACGCAAAUGGGCUUUACUAAUUUGUAUAGCGCUGGGUUCCAGCCUGGGUAUAGUGCGGUCGUUCUCGGUGAAUUACGAAAUGUUUCUCGUGUUUGAAUUCUUGGAGCCGCUCCUUGGAUCGACGAUGUACACGACGGCCUUCAUCCUCGGACAGGAACUGGUUGGACCGAAGAAGCGCGUACUCGCCAAAAGUAUGUGCCUGGUAGUGUUCGCACUCGGUGAAGCGUUCAUGGGACUGAUCGCGAUGUUCAUCCACAACUGGCGUUACUAUUUGCUGGCCCUGUUUGUACCAGGACUAGUUUCGCUGACCUUUCUCUGGACGGCAAAGGAGAGCGUACGGUGGUUGCUUUCGAAAGGACGCCAAGGGGAAGCGAUUGUUAUUUUGCAACAUGUGGCACGGGUCAACGGAAAGACACUCUCUGGAAAUACCCAAAAAGCACUGGACGAUCAUUACCAACGCGAGCUGGCAGAACCGGCUGAGCAGAGUGCCUCCUUCGGUGAUCAGUUGUUAGAAGUAAUGAAAUCGAAACGUCUCACCAUCCGUUUGCUUAUCUGCUCGUUUUGCUGGUUCACAAACGUGAUGGUGUACUACGGACUCACAUUGAACUCCGUUAGCUUGGCAGGAGACAAAAAUGUUAAUUUCAUCCUGAUAACGCUCGUUGAAAUUCCUGCCGCCCUAAGCAUGAACUUCAUCAUGAACCGAUUCCCCCGACGGAUGACUCAGUUUGUUUCACUGGCGAUAUGUGGUCUCCUAUGUCUGGUUACGCUGCUCAUACCAACAGAUAUCUUCUGGAUGAACACGUUGAUGUUCCUUCUAAGUAAAAUGGCCAUUUCCUUUUCGUUCGGCGUACUCUACAUCUACACGGCCGAGAUUUUCCCAACGAAUCUUCGACAAAGUCUGCUUUCAAUGUGCUCCAUGAUUGGACGACUGGGAGCGAUCGUUGCUCCACAAAUGCCACUGUUGGCGAAGGUUUGGAAACCGCUGCCGAUGGUACUGUUCGGAAGCAUCGCGCUGUUCUCCGCCGUCACAAUUCUGAAGUUUCCCGAAACGGGCAACAUACGACUGCCAAAUACGGCCAGCGAGGCGGAAAAUCUCAGGGCGGAUAGCUCCGACUCGGAGCGAUCGGAAAGUUAAGAUGUAGAAUAACGAAGGAACGAAAACAUAGGUUAAGAAAUAUAGGAUAUCUGCAAAGAAUGUACAAGAGUAAGAAAUCUGUGGUUAAGUUAAGUCUUCUUAUAAGAAAACUAGUAAUACUCCCAGAUAUUUUGCAAAAUGUUAUUUGAUUGACAUUUUUAAAAACAUGAACAAUAAACAAAUUGCAUG